AUAUCCAAAAAUAAAAAUAAAAAAAUAGAAGAGUGAAAAGAAGUAUUCAAAAUUACAAAACUGCCAUUCUACCAGCUUUCUUUACACAGUCUUCCCCUGCCCUUUUGCCGGCCAAAUUGGCUUUCUCAUUAUCAGAUCUAUCAAAAUCCCUUCCUUAUUUUAGCUUUCAAUUGAAAAUCCAUUAUGUCAUUUUAGACCAAGGUUUCAUUUUUUUUUUGCGUGGACUUUUGGCAUUGAAUCCAAAAUGCAGAGCUCAAAUGUGCAGCCGGAAGUUAUACUAGAAUGGCUGCAAAAGGAAAUGGGUUACCGUCCCUUAGGACCCUACAAUUCUUCUUCCAACAAGUCGAAUUUACCUUCCAUCGAUUCGCUUCGCAAGAUUUGUAGAGGGAAUAUGUUACCUCUGUGGCAUUUCUUGUUAACCCGCGUUAAAUCCGAGAAAACCGUCCAAAGCAUCCGAAAGAACAUCACCGUGCACGGCGGAGGGGGGAAUAUUGAGAAUGCUGGAAAUUUGGGGAAAGAGGAGGGGAGGAGUAAAGGAGGGGGGAGGAGGAAAGAGAAGGUGGGUGGUGGUGGUGGAGGGGAGGGUUCAGGUGCGGCGGAGAUUAGGGAAGCAGCAAUAAGGGAACGGGAAGCCGCUGCCAAGGAAGUGGAGAGGUUGAGAAAUAUUGUGAGGAGACAAAGGAAAGAUUUGAAGGCUAGGAUGUUGGAGGUUUCUAGAGAGGAAGCUGAAAGGAAAAGGAUGCUUGACGAAAAGGCCAAUUACAGGCACAAACAAGUGGUGUUGGAAGCUUAUGAUCAACAAUGCGAUGAGGCUGCCAAAAUAUUUGCGGAGUACCACAAACGUCUUCAUCAAUAUGUAAACCAAGCCAGGGAUGCUCAAAGGUCAAGUGUUGACUCUUCCAUUGAAGUGGUUAGCAACUACAGUGGCAAUAGUGAGAAGGAAGCUGUAUAUUCAACUGUUAAAGGAACUAAAGCUGCAGAUGAUGUCAUUCUUAUUGAAACAACUCGUGAAAGAAAUGUUCGCAAGGCAUGUGAAUCUCUUGCAGACCGCAUGAUUGAAAAAGUGCGAAAUUCUUUUCCAGCUUAUGAAGGAAAUGGGAUCCAUUUGAGUCCUCAAUCAGAAGUUGCCAAAUUAGGCUUUGAUUUCGAUGGGGAGAUACCUGAUGAAGUUAGAAUUGUUAUUGUAAAUUGUCUCAAAAAUCCUCCUCAAUUACUUCAGGCAAUUAGCACAUACACUUCAAGGCUUAAAACUUUGAUUUCUAGAGAAAUAGAGAAAGUCGACGUUAGAGCUGACGCUGAAGCCUUGAGGUACAAAUAUGAGAACAACAGAGUUAUGGAUGUUUCCUCUCCGGAUGUGAGCUCACCCUUAAAUCAACUUUAUGGUAAUGAGAAGAUAGGAAUGGAUGUACCUUCUAGAGGAAUGCAAAAUCAACUUCUUGAAAGACAGAAAGCUCAUGUUCAACAAUUUUUAGCUACUGAAGAUGCUCUCAACAAAGCUGCAGAAGCGAGGGACUUGUGUCAAAAGCUUAUAAAACGUCUACAAGGAGGUAGUGAUUUAGUUCCUUCACGUUCUCUUGUCGGAGGUGCAACACAGAAUGUUGGCAGUCUUAGACAAUUUGAGUUGGAGGUUUGGGCCAAGGAGAGAGAAGCUGCUGGGUUAAAGGCCAGCUUAAAUACACUAAUGUCUGAAAUACAACGGUUGAACAAAUUGUGUGCAGAGAGGAAAGAGGCAGAAGAUUCAUUAAGAAAGAAGUGGAAGAAGAUUGAAGAGUUUGACUCCCGUAGAUCCGAACUUGAAUCCAUAUAUACUGCUCUCCUGAAGGCUAAUAUGGAUGCAGCUGCAUUCUGGAACCAACAGCCAUUGGCGGCGAGGGAGUAUGCUUCCAGUACCAUUAUUCCUGUUUGCAAUAUUGUUGCAGACAUUUCAAACGGUGCAAAAGAGUUUAUUGUCAAAGAAGUUUCUGCAUUUUAUAGAAGUCCUGAUAAUAGCCUCUACAUGCUUCCAUCAAGCCCACAGGCUCUUCUAGAGUCCAUGGGUGCUAAUGGAUCUACAGGACCUGAAGCUGUGGCUGCAACGGAGAAAAAUGCUGCCUUGUUGACUGCAAGGGCUGGUGCCAGGGAUCCUUCGGCAAUUCCAUCCAUAUGUCGUGUUUCUGCUGCUCUUCAAUACCCUGCUGGUUUGGAGGGUUCGGAUGCUGGUUUGGCAUCAGUGUUAGAGUCUCUGGAGUUCUGUUUGAAGCUUCGUGGUUCUGAGGCUAGUGUCCUGGAGGAAUUGGCAAAGGCAAUAAAUUUGGUCCAUAUUCGACAGGAUCUUGUUGAAAGUGGUCAUGCACUAUUGAACCAUGCUUACCGUGCUCAACAAGAAUAUGCAAGGACAACAAAUUAUUGUUUGAAUUUGGCAGCUGAGCAAGAUAAGAUUAUCACCGAGAAAUGGCUACCUGAACUUAAAACUGCAAUUUUGAAUGCUCAGAAGUGCUUGGAGGACUGCAAAUAUGUCAGGGGUUUGCUGGACGAGUGGUGGGAGCAACCGGCAUCAACUGUUGUAGAUUGGGUCACAGUUGACAGACAAAAUGUUGGAGCCUGGCAUUCUCACGUGAAGCAACUUCUUGCAUUUUAUGAUAAGGAAGUUUUGUGAACUGUUAUUGUUUAUUAUUCAUUCUCCUUUGUUCGAUGGUUGGGUAUCACUUUUUUUUUGUUUUUUUUUUUUUACACUAAAGCCCUGUAUUUGAAUGUAGUAGUAUGGUUUGAAUUUCCCAGAAGAAAUGGCUGUAAAAACUUAAGCUACCUUUCUUUGUGUUGUAAAGAGAUUUUUGCCAAUUUGUGAAAUGAUCUUCUGCUUAGAA